GUCAGGAUAGUAUAAAUCAAGUCAAAAUUAUUUAAGGGAAAUAAUCGGAUGCAAAUAUCGGAUGAACACAAAUUUGUUUACAGAAUAUUACGAUGUAUUCCAUGUAAUCUGAACACAUUGUCAUUUAACUUCAAAACUGUCAACACAAACUAUUCGGAACAUUUUUAAAUCAGUUGAAAGCAAAAUCACUUCUCGGCUCGUCCCAGCUCUAUUUUUUCACUUCAUUUAAAAAUGUCAUCAUCCGAAUUGCAUGCAGAGGCAGAGGAUAUAGAGGAAAUCGAGGAGGAUCCGCCCAUAUCUUUCGCUCCAGCUCCAAUGAGUCCCAAUCAAAAUCUAGACGCAAGUCAAUCGGAUACGGUUUCGCAAACAGUUUCACCAUCGGUGUCAAUCACCUCGGUGAAUGGCAGUCAAGCAUCGGGAUCCGGGGAGUCCAACAUGGAGCUCGAAACCGGACUCUUCGGUCUACGAUCGGUGCGGGGUACGACCAAUUUGAUACCCCCUGCCGCAGUAACAUCCACACCAUCACCAUCGACUCGAUUGCCAGCAUGGCAAGUGGUACGGAGACGACUGAGCUCCAACCCCAGUCGCUUGUCUAUGCCGGAGGAGAGCCGGCUCCAGGACAACAGCAUCACUCUACUCGAAGCCUUGGGUAAUCGUCGCUCCACUAGGGAGACCCGGGAAAUGAGUCGACGGUUCUCGCAAUUCAUGCUGGAUCUAAACGGCUAUGUGCCCACGGAUGAGUCCUUCCGAAGACGCCGUCGUCGCGCUCGGGCAGAAGCCAUAGCUCGAGCUCAUGCUCGAAGGAUGCGAGCUGGAUCCUUAUCCGAGGCCGAGCCCAGGGAACCUCCGAGCUCCUUUGCCCAAGUUUUGCGGCGCGGAAAUAGUGUUAGUGACUGCAGCCAGUGUAGCAGUGAUGAGGAGCAGAACCACAUCAAGGGCAAGCAUGUAAAGCCAACUGUUCCAAGUCAUCUGUCCGAAUGGUUGUAUCCCAUUUAGGCUGUCAAACUGGUUUUAUUAAAUUAAGACUCAUUGUUCUGUUGGACUCAAAAAGCAAAAUGCGUUUGAUUU